AUGCUGGACCCGUCUUCCAGUGAAGAGGAAUCGGACGAAGCAUUAGAAGAGGAGAGCCGCGAUGUGCUGGUGGCGGCCGGCGGCUCGCAGCGAGCGCCACCGGCCCCGGCUCGCGAAGGGCGGCGGGACGCGCCGGGGCGCGCGGGCGGCGGCAGCGCGGCCAGACCAGUGAGCCCGAGCCCCUCGGUGCUCAGCGAGGGGGGAGAUGAGCCCGAGAGGCAACUGGAUGAGGAGCAGGAGCGGAGGAUCCGCCUGCAGCUCUACGUCUUCGUGGUGAGGUGCAUCGCGUACCCCUUCAACGCUAAGCAGCCCACCGACAUGGCCCGGAGGCAGCAGAAGCUUAACAAGCAACAAUUGCAGUUACUGAAAGACCGGUUCCAGGCCUUCCUCAACGGAGAAACCCAAAUUGUGGCUGAUGAAGCAUUUUGCAAUGCAGUUCGGAGUUACUACGAGGUUUUUCUGAAGAGUGAUCGAGUGGCCAGAAUGGUUCAGAGUGGAGGGUGUUCUGCUAAUGACUUCAGAGAGGUGUUUAAGAAAAACAUAGAAAAACGUGUGCGGAGUCUGCCAGAAAUUGAUGGCUUGAGCAAAGAGACGGUGCUUAGUUCAUGGAUAGCUAAAUAUGAUGCCAUUUACAGAGGUGAAGAGGAUAUGUGCAAACAGUCCAAUAGAAUGGCCCUAAGUGCUGUGUCUGAACUUAUUCUGAGCAAGGAGCAACUCUAUGAGAUGUUUCAGCAGAUUCUGGGUAUUAAAAAACUAGAACACCAACUCCUUUAUAAUGCAUGUCAGCUGGAUAAUGCAGAUGAACAAGCAGCCCAGAUCAGAAGGGAACUUGAUGGUCGUUUGCAGUUGGCAGAGAAAAUGGCAAAGGAAAGAAAUUUCCCCAAAUUUAUAGCAAAAGAAAUGGAGAAUAUGUAUAUAGAAGAGUUGCGGUCUUCAGUGAAUUUGCUAAUGGCCAAUUUGGAAAGUCUUCCAGUUUCGAAAGGUGGUCCAGAAUUUAAAUUACAAAAAUUAAAACGUUCACAGAAUUCUGCAUUUUUGGACAUAGGCGAUGAGAAUGAGAUUCAGCUGUCAAAGUCCGAUGUGGUGCUGUCGUUCACCUUAGAGAUUGUCAUAAUGGAAGUGCAAGGUUUGAAGUCCGUUGCUCCCAAUCGAAUUGUUUACUGUACAAUGGAAGUGGAAGGAGGAGAAAAACUUCAGACAGACCAGGCUGAAGCCUCAAGGCCACAAUGGGGAACUCAAGGUGAUUUCACCACCACCCAUCCUCGGCCUGUGGUCAAAGUAAAACUCUUCACGGAAAGCACUGGGGUCCUGGCCCUUGAAGAUAAAGAACUGGGAAGGGUGAUAUUAUACCCAACUUCUAAUAGCUCCAAGUCAGCUGAGUUGCACCGAAUGAUAGUUCCAAAAAAUAGCCAGGACUCUGACUUAAAAAUCAAAUUAGCAGUGCGAAUGGAUAAACCACCACAUAUGAAACAUAGUGGAUAUCUGUAUGCCCUAGGACAGAAGGUUUGGAAAAGAUGGAAAAAACGUUACUUUGUUCUUGUUCAGGUUAGCCAAUACACAUUUGCUAUGUGCAGUUAUAGAGAAAAAAAGUCUGAACCACAAGAACUAAUGCAACUUGAAGGAUACACUGUGGAUUACACAGACCCCCACCCAGGCCUUCAGGGUGGUCAGAUGUUCUUUAAUGCAGUUAAAGAAGGAGACACUGUGAUAUUUGCCAGUGAUGAUGAACAGGAUAGAAUAUUAUGGGUUCAGGCCAUGUAUAGGGCCACAGGUCAGUCAUAUAAACCCAUUCCUGCGAUUCAAACCCAGAAACUGAAUCCUAAAGGUGGGACUCUCCAUGCAGAUGCUCAGCUUUAUGCAGACCGUUUUCAGAAACAUGGUAUGGAUGAGUUUAUUUCUGCUAAUCCUUGCAAGCUUGACCACGCCUUCCUUUUUAGAAUACUGCAGAGGCAGACUUUGGAUCACAGACUGAAUGAUUCCUAUUCUUGCUUAGGUUGGUUUAGCCCUGGCCAAGUCUUUGUGUUAGAUGAGUACUGUGCCCGUUAUGGUGUGAGAGGCUGUCACAGACAUCUCUGCUACCUUACAGAACUGAUGGAACAUUCAGAAAAUGGUGCCGUCAUUGACCCAACCCUGCUCCAUUACAGCUUUGCAUUCUGCGCCUCUCAUGUGCACGGCAACAGGCCUGAUGGAAUUGGAACUGUUUCAAUGGAAGAAAAAGAGAGAUUUGAGGAGAUAAAAGAAAGACUCUCUUCCCUUUUAGAAAAUCAGAUAAGCCAUUUCAGAUACUGUUUUCCCUUUGGACGACCUGAAGGUGCUCUGAAAGCUACGCUUUCAUUACUUGAAAGGGUUUUAAUGAAAGAUAUCGCCACUCCCAUACCAGCUGAAGACGUGAAAAAAGUGGUCAGAAAAUGUCUCGAGAAAGCAGCCUUGAUCAAUUACACUAGACUCACAGAAUACGCCAAAAUAGAAGAGACCAUGAACCAGGCACCUCCUGCUAGAAAGCUGGAAGAGGUUCUUCAUCUAGCAGAGCUCUGCAUAGAAGUCUUACAGCAGAAUGAAGAGCACCAUGCAGAGGCAUUUGCCUGGUGGCCUGAUUUAUUGGCAGAGCAUGCAGAGAAAUUCUGGGCUUUAUUCACAGUAGAUAUGGAUACUGCACUGGAGGCCCAACCACAAGACUCCUGGGAUAGUUUUCCUCUUUUCCAACUGCUCAAUAAUUUCCUCAGAAAUGACACACUUUUAUGUAAUGGAAAAUUUCACAAACAUUUGCAAGAAAUCUUUGUGCCCUUGGUUGUCCGCUACGUCGAUCUCAUGGAGUCCUCCAUCGCCCAGUCAAUUCACAGAGGUUUUGAGCAAGAGACAUGGCAGCCUGUCAACAAUGGCUCAGCAACAUCAGAAGACCUUUUUUGGAAACUCGAUGCACUGCAAAUGUUUGUCUUUGAUCUGCACUGGCCAGAACAAGAAUUUGCCCACCACUUAGAGCAAAGACUUAAACUAAUGGCCAGUGAUAUGAUAGAGGCCUGUGUCAAAAGAACAAGAACUGCAUUUGAAGUCAAGCUGCAAAAGGCAAGCAAAACCACUGACUUGCGCAUUCCUGCCUCCGUGUGUACAAUGUUUAAUGUAUUAGUUGAUGCCAAAAAGCAAAGCACCAAACUUUGUGCCCUGGAUGGAGGACAAGAGCAACAAUACCAUUCAAAAGUAGAUGAUUUGAUUGACAACGCUGUAAAAGAAAUCAUUUCACUGCUAGUUUCAAAGUUUGUUUCAGUGUUGGAAGGGGUGUUAUCUAAGCUGUCAAGAUAUGAUGAAGGCACUUUCUUUUCAUCCAUUCUGUCAUUCACUGUGAAAGCAGCUGCAAAAUAUGUCGAUGUUCCAAAACCAGGAAUGGAUCUGGCAGACACCUAUAUUAUGUUUGUUCGGCAAAACCAGGAUAUUCUUCGAGAAAAGAUCAAUGAGGAAAUGUAUAUAGAAAAGCUGUUUGAUCAAUGGUACAGCAGCUCCAUGAAAGUCAUUUGUGUCUGGCUGGCUGAUAGAUUAGACCUUCAGCUUCAUAUUUACCAACUGAAGACGCUCAUCAAGAUUGUGAAGAAAACAUACAGGGACUUCCGACUGCAGGGUGUGUUAGAAGGCACACUGAACAGUAAGACCUAUGAUACUCUGCACAGACGGUUAACAGUGGAGGAGGCUACAGCCUCUGUCUCAGAAGGAGGAGGACUUCAGGGCAUCACCAUGAAAGACAGUGAUGAAGAAGAAGGCUGAUAACCGCCAGUGCUGUAGGAAGAAGGAGGAUGUUGACCUUGUUUAUUUUGUACCUGUCUUUGUAAUUACAUUGAUUGUCUGGACCCAAUAAAAAUGCUUGUAUUCCCCUCCACUUUGUAAAGAGUCAACCUGGAAGCAGAGUAAAAGGGGAAAAUGCCAGGUUUUUUUGGUUUUUGUUUUUAACAUCCAGCCUCUUCUGUGCAGCUUGACCUAAAAUGAGCUUUGGCUUUGUUUGUGAUUGGAACAUGAUUUUUUGGUUUUUUAGAAGCUUUGACUUUUUCUUCUGUAAUUACAUGAAAGUAGUGUCCUCUGUGUGAAAUGAGAUCUGCAUUUUUCAUAGUAGACAUUGUGAGAAGAAGCCACUUCGGAUCACUGUGCCAGCUCCAUUGUCCCCUUGUUAAAAUGGUGUGUAUUUAAUAGUUUAUCAUUUCUGUGUCAGGGUUGUUUUUUUUUUUUUUUCAUAGUUAAUUUGCCAUUGCUGUGAUGUGUGUAAAAACUCUAACCUUGGUUCUUAGUACUCUGAGUUCAUCUGCCGGCUUAAAGGACUGCCAAACCAAAUAUAGACUAGAUCCUCCAUCAGCUUGUGUCUUGUUCUAUUCUGAACAUAUCUUUCAAGUUUAAAAAAAAAAAUCCCAAAGCGUAAGGUAGUAAAUGCGCUGCCAUCCACAUACCGCAUUCUCCUACUUCUAAGUGUAACAGCUUGCAGGCAAUAAAAAUCUAUUUGGUCAAAACCACUUCUGUAUUUAUUAGACUUAUAUAAAUUAAAUGCAGUAAAAAAUGUUUGCAGUAUUACAGACAU